AAAAUGAGUGGGCGUGUUUCUUUAUUCUGAAAGAGGAAACAUCAAAGACCUUCAUAAAGUGAUGACUUCUGUUCACAUUGCACUUCACAUCACAUUUCAGAGACGGACAAGUCCUCACUAUUUGGGACAUGGCACAGACGAUCUAUUUGUUACUGCUUCUGAAGGUUUUAUCACCAGACAAUAAAUCCACGGAAGAGUCUUUAGAACCAAUCCAUAAUUUGACCAGUGAAGGACUCGAUAUCUCUCUCAAACAUUCUCCAUGUCAUAAAAACGCAGUUCAAAAUGCCUCUGCCUCAAAUGGCAUCUGGUCUUGGAGACUUAAAUGCUCUUCUCCCUCACCUAAAAUUGAAGUCGUCCUGACACAGGGCACACAACUGAUAGAAAUGAACGAUUUGUCACGUGACGAGCUCUGCAUUGAGAAAUGUGGUGGUUCUUAUAAGAUUUGUAAAGGCAAAUGCAAAAAAAACGGAAGGGAUUGUAGCUGUCAAUCAUCAGCCGAUCGGAAAAUACACAUCUCUGCAAAUCUCACUACAGUGACGAUAACAUUCGAUAACAUUACUUACCACUACCACAUCAUUAACCAAACUGACCCAGGUCCAUAUGUGAAGUUCUACUCUGAACAAAAAAGUUGGAUUGAUGCCUUGGAGUUCUGCAAAAAAUCGAAAUCCUUCCUGGUUGAAAUCACCAACGAGACAGUGACGAAUAAAACAAUCGAAAUCCUGCUAAAUGAGACACACUUGGAGGAAGGGGUGUGGGUCGGCCUGGAGCGGUCAUUUUUUGGCACUGAGUGGAGGUGGAUUUCAGGAUCAGACACUGGAAGUAUUCAGUGGAACGAUAGCAUCCCCGACAACCACUUAAAGUACCACUGUGGAAAGGUUUUGGUUCCAGGACAAAGAGAAUUAAAGUAUCUGAAUGAAUGCUGCCAUAAAAAAUUACCUUUCAUCUGCCAAAGAAACUUUCCAUUCAUCUGAAUGACCAGUGCAGUGUGACAGUGUAUCCUAUUUUUCUUGUCUCCAGUUUGUUAUUAAAGACCUUGGCUUGCUGCAACAAUCUUGACGUUGAGUCAAGUUUGAAAGGCUUUCCAGCCCAACAGCAUAAAAUUACAUUUCACCUAAUGUGCUACAUCUAUUAUCCACAUACUGUUUUUAUCUACGUAUAUAAAGAAAGUAUAAAGUUCUUUUGAUAAUAACAUUUUAUUAAUACUGGUGUUUUGGACUACACUGUUUUGCCCUGAAUUUUUAUGACGCUUGUUCUGACCUUUACAAACUUAGUUUUCCUUCCAUGUAAAAUCUGAGAGGAUGCAUUGAAAGUAAUGUAAUGCAAGACUUAUGUUUGUUGUCUUUUCUCUCAUUAAAUAAAGCCUAGUUUAUUUCA